AUGGGCGUUUACAAUAUGCCUCUCAGCAAUCUAGGCAUCAUGGCCGCUAGCAAUGUCGUCGAUGUGGACACAAAGUUGAAUUCCUUGAGGGCAAUUUUCUUCCCCUCGGAGUCGUUGUCAAACGAGAACCUGAAGCUGCUGCUCUACAGACCGUGGGAUUCUAACAACCCGUCCUACGAUGCCGAAUGGAAUGGAAAGCUUCCUGGCAUUGUCAAAAAGAUCGAAGAUGAGGCCGAAAAGAAGAGUCAACACCCUCCUCGAGCCCGUCUCCCUGCGAGUAUUCUGUUCAUAAUUCAAACUCAAACAGAACUAGCCCCAUCCAAGUACAAUGUGGUCAACAAUGACGUCUCGGCAAGAUGCUUUGGUAUGCGCCACAAAGAUUCGCCUGCUGGUGUUGAUCCUCUCAAUGACAAAAUCCCGCCGGAAGACCAGACAUGGCAAAUGCGGCAGACAGCCUCCAGAAGUUGUUUCUCAGGACCAACACCCCCCGGCACUUCUCUCCCAACUGGUCUCAGCCCCGCUACGGACAACGGGAGGUGGAAUUAUGUUGAUCGCAAAGAGAAUGUAGUCCCCGGCGGCGCCAAGAAGCCAUCCGCCACUGCUUGUGACAUUCGUCGGAAGGAUCAAUGCUAUUCCGUCAAGACAGGAAUUGUUUUUGUUGGGAAAGACAAUCAAGGGGCAAGCAAAGUCAAGAACUUGGGUAACAAAGCUACGCUGGAACCAGAUACGGUUGUGGCCACUCUGCGUACCGAGUUCUUGCUGGCCAUGGAUCGUUACUACGAGACCCGAGGCGCCUUGACAGCUACCUGUCUAAAGUCCACUCUCGUGGAGGACAGUAUCCCAGUGGAGGUCAAGAAUGACGGAUUUCAAUUCCGUGACCUCAGUCGCUUGGAUCCAGCGAUGCGCUAUUUCCCUGCUCUGAGCAUGCCCUACGUGAAGGGAAAUGGCAAUCUCACGACUUGGCAACCCCAGCAGGAACUCAGUGGGAAUGAUUUCCAGGCUUGGAAAACUUACUGGUCGACGAAAUACGCCGCCCGCAUCGGCGAGACCAAAGCACUGCUGCAUCUUCUGUACGGCUUUGCGCCUCUCACCUCGAACAUGCAGAACUUUGUGCUCGAGGUGGACCCGAAGGACCCAAAGACGCUCAAGCGGGCGGUUCUACUGGAUGUGCUGGACUUCCGUUUGCACACGAGCUGGGUCCGUCUCGCACUGAGCGCCGAAGGUGGGCAGGAGAAGGCGCUGCAGACAUCUCUGUGUGAUGUCAACUCGCCGCUCAACCUAGACCCAAGCCUUCCCGAUCGGAUCAAGAAUUUUUCUCAAACGGGAGCCUACGCUCCCCUAGAUCCAAACCACAUUAUAAAAGUCCAGCAAACCCAGAACAACACCACGGUCGAAGUUGAACAGAUCAAGGAGGCCAAACCGAGCGAAGUGCUCUAA